GAUGAACUGAGCUGAGCUUUCUUCAAGAUUAUUCUGUAGAACUCGAUCUCAAAUCUACAACCAGUUUGUUUCUUGCUUAUCUUAAUUUCAGUCAAGAUGCGUGCUUUCAUCACUUUUCUCCUGGUGGCGGCUGCGACCGCCGAGUUGGCUCCACUCCUUGAAAACUCCAAACCCAUUCCAGGAAAGUUCAUCAUCAAACUCAAGGAUGAAUAUGAUAUCGAUGCCGUCGCCUCUUCCGUUCGUCUGUCAGGUGGACGUGUUGGUUCCAUCUUCAAGCAUGCCAUCCGUGGAUUCGUUGCAGAGUUGUCGGACAACGUCCUAGAUAUUGUUCGCCGCUUUUCGGCCGUUGAGUACGUGGAGCAAGACGGUGUCUACACUACUCAGGAGACCUGGGGUCUGGACCGUGUGGAUCAACGUGAUCUCCCACUCGAUAAUAGUUAUUCCCCUUCAGGUACUGGCGCGGGCCACACCGUGUAUGUAAUUGACACUGGCGUGUAUGCGUCAAGUGAUUUUGGAGGCCGAGCAGAACAAAAGGCAAACUUUGCCAGAGGAGACAACGAAGAUUGCAACGGCCAUGGCUCCCACUGCGCUGGUACCAUCGGGUCUACAACUUACGGUGUAGCCAAAGGAGUGAACAUUGUUGGGGUCAAAGUACUUAAUUGUAUUGGGAGUGGCAGCACCUCUGGAAUCGUAGGAGGAUGUGACUUUGUGAUUAGCGAUGUCCAGGCAAAUAACAACAAGGGUGUCGCAUCCAUGUCUCUGGGAGGAGGCGCCUCACUAACAUUGGACAGAGCUGUCAAGAGUAUGAUUGAUGCUGGCAUCCCCACCGCAGUGGCAGCCGGGAAUUCUAACGAAGAUGCCCAAAACACUUCUCCAGCUCGUUUAGAGGAGGCAAUCACCGUUGGAGCUACCGAUAUCAAUGACAAUCGUUCAUCAUUUUCCAACUAUGGAAGCACAUUGGACAUCUGGGCUCCCGGCACUGAUAUCACUUCUUGGUGGAAAGAUGGAACAGAAAGAACAAUCAGUGGAACUUCCAUGGCUUGCCCUCAUGUCGCUGGUGCCAUCGCCGUAUACGGGCAAGACACGGAUGCAAUGCUGGCAAAUGCCUCAGAAGGCAAGAUCAGUGACGUUAAGAUUGGAUCUCCCACCAAAUUUCUCUACGUCUAAUAGGACAGAGAUGGGACAACCAUGACACGUGGACUCGGAAAUAACAAACUUAACAGAAUUCAAUUUAUAUGGUACACCUUUAAUUUAAUUGAUUCCUCCUGAACUAAACCCUUUCAACAAAACUAAACCGCAGUGCGUCAAUAUUAAAUAAAUUUGGAUCAGUUUUAACCCGUAAUGAGUAAAUUCAAAGAAACAUAUAAGCGCAUAAUAUUUGUUAAAUCACGUAAUUUCAUCAUGUCAAGAGAAGUCCACAUCAUUAAAAUGAAUUAUAAAAGAUAAAUCUCAUGACUAA